AUGGGUUAUCAAGCCCGCAAGCGCGCGUUCAGUAAAGCUUUCCAACCUGGGCCUCUCAACGAGGUCUAUCGUCGAGCCAUUCGGAAAAUCAGCGGGUCGUCACUGCUAUCACCUUUUGCAUUGUCAGCUCAGGCCAGUCACACACCUGCAACGAACUUCGUCACCGACACCGACAUCGAGAACCAGAACCAGAACCCCUCGUCAAAGGGUCAAGCUCGGGCUGUUGAGAGUUCUGAAGCUUCCCAGCUUGGUGUUCCGGAAUUUGGUUUCGAUUUUGAUUUCGACUUUGAUGCCUCACUGACUGGAAAUCCAAAUAUACAGGACUCAGAGUCCAACCCCACAACCGGCACUGCCGGUAGUCAUGUCAUUGUCGAGCCCACUGAUGCGCCGCUUCCGUCGAUGGCAGACCAUUUAUUUCACUUCUCGGCUAAUAAAGAAGGACAAGCAUAUUCUGAUACAUACGAUUCGACUGCACUGAAGUCAGUAACAGACACCACUUCCAGUCCGCCAAGCGGUCCAGUUCUGGGAGCUUGUUUCAACCCCGACUUCGCCAUCCAUGAAGAUUCUGAAAACUCCGAUGAACCGGUUUUCACUGUGCCCCAUCAAGCAAGCAACACAGGGGCCCUUACGCCUACCGCUCUCAACUUUCAAGACCUCUCGCUGUUCGAUGGCCCGGACUGGUCGCAGAUCAACACACUUUCCAACGCUAGGCCCAUAGCGAAUCGUACUUCGUACUAUACAUUGGAAUCGGCUUUGUUCAAAAAACACGUGCCCGAUCUCCAAUCCACCGACAUCAUCAUCUCCUUUGGAAAAGGCAAACAGCACCUUGCAAUCCGCAAGCAUAUCAUCUGCGCAUCAUCCCCCUACUUCGCCAAACUCCUCAACGUCGAAUAUCCCCCCACACACACCCAACUCCUCCGUCUCCGCGACGACUUUCCCCCCGCCAUCCCCGCAACCCUACACUUCCUAACCCACGGAUCCUACCCCUUCGACUCCACAACCCUUCUUCGCUACCCCGCACUCUCCCUCCCAGACCUCCACAUCCACACCUACCUCGUCGCACAAAAAUAUAACAUCCCAACCCUGCACUCCCACGCACUCACCCAGUACAUCGACUUCGCCCACAUCAUCCUCACCUACGGUUUCGUCUGGCCCACAACCCUGCCCUUCCACCCAUACACAUGCACGGGAAACAUCCUGCUACCCUCACUCCUCCACUCCUUCGUCCUGUUAUGGCGCAACACCCCCAAUCGCCACGACGCGUUGCGCUCCGCUGUGCUCGACUGCCUCGUCAAGCCCUGGUUGAGCAGCUGGGUCAAAGUCGAGUAUUUCGUGGACUUGCUGGAGUGCUUGGCUGGAUUUAGCCCUGAUUUGUGUGCGAGUUUGGCGGAGGAUGGGUUGCGGGUGGGUUCGUUUGCGGGUGGGAACGGGCGGUGGAAGAUUGGGUUUGGGGAGCAGAAGUGGGGUGGGGGCCAGUGGGUUGAUCGGACGGUGUGGGAUAGGUGUGGGGAUGAGUGGAUGGGUGGGGUGGGGGGAUUGUAUUGA